AUGCCCUUGCUUCAACCAUCAACAUGCACAUGUUAUCCUCUGCAAUUACCAACACUGACUUCAAAUCAGAAAUUACUAGAUGAACCAACAAAGAAAAGAAUAUCUUUAGAAUGCCGUACUGGUGCAGCUACAAUCUUAGCAAGAUCAAAUAUAUUCGUUCAUGGUGGGCUAACGAUUCCUUUGAAUUUAGAGGGUCAGAUUAAUUCUUUACAAUUACAAAAGGAACUCAUUUUGUAUUUCUCAAAGGAGAAAAAUAAUGGGAUUUCUUUUGAAAAUUUGAAUCAAUGGAUUAGUUCAGAGACCUUCUUCCUUGAUCUCAUAUCAAGAACUUGGUAUAGAGUAGAGACUACCCUUCAAAAAGUAGAUGAUAAUGAAAGUAAUAACAACAAUAACGACGAUUCUAAUGAUAACGGCAAUAAUAUUCAAAAAAACAUAAAAAGUGAUAAUGAUAAUAAUGACAAUAAUAAUGAUACAAAUGACGUAGACGACGAUGACAAUGAUGGAAAUGAAACUUAUAGUGAAGUAGGUAGUACGCAUAUUAUUAUAGAAUCACAAUUGAAAGAACGAUUGUUUCAUUCAAUUUGCUAUUCCAAAUCAUGUUUAUAUAUAUUUGGUGGCUUAAUUGUUUCUCCACAGAAUGGAUAUGAACUUAUUGCAACAAAUGAAUUAUGGAAAUUGGAUUUAAGAACAAAGACAUGGAUAUUAUUGAGUAAAGAUCCUAGAAUAGCAAGGAGAUUCAAUCAUACCAUGCAUGUUAAAAAUGAAAACAAUGAUAAAAGAGAUACUAAACUAGUUAUCGUCGGUGGCUUAAACAACCUGGAUCAACCCAUUCAUAAAAUUGAUAUCUUCAAUAUAACUCAGAAUUGCUGGCAAUCCGAUAGUAUUCCGAAAGAUCCAUUAGACGUUCGUUCGAACAUUGAUGGUGUAGAUGUUUCCUUAAAUGAUGAUGUAAAUUUCACUGUUCUGGUCGAUAAUAACGAGGCAAAGAUACCUGCACUAGCAUAUUAUUCACCGAAUUUCCAGAAUGUCACCUCUGAUACCGAAGACAAUCUUGAGGGACAGGGAACAAUAGAUUCGUCUGGAACAGAAAACUUUAGCUCCCCUAUUGUCAUUUUACCAUUGAUUACAGAGGCAAAGGGUAUACGAAUGGAUUACAAUGAAGCACAAACAGGUUCUCUACUCAAACGGCCAUUUAAUUUACAAUAUCCCACGGGGGAUUAUUUUGGAUAUAGUAUUAUUAUAGGUGGAUUUUAUUCCGGAACUAACGCAUUGGAUUUUUAUUGUUUUGUUUACGAUAUACCAUCAGGUAAAUGGACUAGACUAGGGAUCUAUUGUCCUGACUGUGACGAAUAUACCCAUCGAUUUUGGAAGAUUUUCGUCUGGAAAUCACAUCAUCAAGCCAUAAUGUUGGGGACAAAGAAUGACGAUUCCUGUUCACCGACAGUUCAGAGAUUUGAUUACUUGUCCACUUUUGGUCUUCCAAUUAUCAACGUUUAUAAUAAAGCAUUGCAGCCCGGUUUGCGAAAUCUAUUGGCAACGCCCUUACCCUCAUCAACCAAAGAGAAUGAAACGACAGAGUUUAACGAUGAUGAUCAACCUUUCAGAAAGUUAAGUUUUACAUUUAGUGCCACUUCUCAAUUCGAAAGCUAUAUUCAUUAUAUUGCUCCUCCUUUAGAUAAAAACAUAAUAAAGUCAGUCUUUCCACCCUAUGCUAUGGUUUUAGGGAAAGAUGCUUUAGAGAUUUUUGGGAAACCUUUAUCCGAUUUUGAAUUUAUUACUUCUGAAGGGGACUCGAUAGGUAUACCUUUAUAUCUACUUAGAAGAAGAUGGGGUCGUUAUUUUGAUAUGCUUCUAUCCCGAAGUUAUGCCCAGGUAUGUGCAGACUACGAAACUACUGGCAACCAGUCAACUCUAAUUAAGAUCUCAUCAAGGAAUUCAAAAUCAGGCUCGAAAGAUUUCCAAACAGAAUCAAGAUUAUCUUCUUCUGGAUCCUUAGAGAAUUAUUUUAACCGUUCAUCGGUUCAAUGGCCAUAUACAAGGAAAUCAAGUAUUUUAGGGCCAACAACAAACAAUCUUGGAACCGCGGGUACCAAGAAUACCGGAACUUCCGAACCAUCACAUAUAUCUAAAGGUGAGACACCUUCCAAGGGUACCUCAACUACAGAAACCACAGCGGAGGAACCCCGAAAUUAUUAUCGAAAGGAGGAGGACGAUGAUCCCAUAUCCUCAUAUGCAUUGACCAAAAAUCCAACUACCGAAUCACGUUACUCACAAGCAACUACUGGGUCUACAACAAGUUCAUCUGGUGGUAUGGUUUUUAGAGUUCCUUUCCAAGAAAAAAACGGAACGAGCUCAGCCCAGCUAAGAACUCAAGGAUACUCUUCAAAUGAUUAUGAAGCCAAUCCACAAAAGAGGAGAUCAUCACUUCUAGGUAUCCCUGAUAGAGAUAUGUUGAAAGUUUUAUCAUCAGACGCCCAUCGUCGUUCAUCACACCCUACAUUAUCUUACAUAGAGAGAAGAAACAGUUCAACAGUUCCACAACAAUCACCACUGAGAGUACCUACAAGUACACGUAGUUCUAUUUCUUAUGUUAGUUCUUCUUCGGAUAGAAUGGGUAAUCCUAUGAAUCAAAGCAGGGCAGGAAGUUUUACCGAAUCUCCUGUCCUUGGCGUCCUAAAUAUUAAUUUACCGCCUCAAGCAAGUAUUCCAAUAGAUCCAUUACCACCAAUUCCCGGUCAUGAAAGCAAAUUGCCUAAUGGCAGACGUAAUAAUUCAAUCGGAGACUACUUUAGAAACAGUAAUUUCCCAACAAGAAGAAAUUCUCUUAGACGUGCAAGUACACCAGAUCUAGUUCGUCCAUCAGAUAGUCUAGAUGCUUCCAUAGAUAGACAAUUGUUAGAUGAAGAAAAUGAGGAUGAGAGAGAUUCUUCCUCACAAAGAAAAUCUUCAUUCUUUCCUCCAAGGUUUGGCAGUGGUUCCAAGUCUAUUGAUACAUCAAGAAAUUCAAUUACAGAUGAAAGAGGAAGAUUAUCUGUCACAUCAUGUACAGACAGCUUAAAUAGCAGAUCAUCUAAUGUUACCUUAGAAGUUGAACCUUUAUUGACUCCGAGAUCGUUGUAUAUGCCAUGGCCAACAGCUACUGUAAGAGCAUUUGCUGAAUUCUUCUAUACUGGUCAAGUCAACAAUAAAUGGAUGCUCGCACCAGUUGUUUUGGAUUUGUUGGUAAUGGCCAAAAUUUAUGAGUUUCCAUUACUUUAUAAUUUGGUGGCGGAAGUACUAUAUUCAAUAGUGGGUAGGAAAGAAGAAAAUUUGGCAGUUACUUGUAAAGCCUUGAAAGAAACGUUUGAAAAUAAAGUUCUUAUAUACUGUGAAGGGAACUCUGAGAAAACGAAACUAUUCCUUAGGAAAAAUGAAAAUUUUAAAGAGCUGUUAAGGCUGAAAAGAUGUUUAGAAAAUUUAGAUAAUGGAUAUUUUGACAUUGAUCUGGUAAGAAACGCAUCUAGAACCCAUUCUACAAGUACUUUCGAAAGCAAUGCCGCUGAUUAUUUGGAUAAAAUUAUGAAUAGAGAUAGCGGGAUCAGUAGUUCUAUAAAUUACGUACCUACAGCAUUCGCUGGAGGUCCAAGGGAUAGUCAUAAUUCUGUUGGUUCGCUAGGGUUUCCUCCGUCAUUAAAUAUACAGCCUGGUAGACAGUCCGUCUCUGGUUACGCUCAAAGACCAAAAAAUAAAUCCAGUCUAAGUAAAGAAAUUGAUCCUACGUCGUUUCCAGAAUUUAAUACGAAUAUUGGUCCCCUAUCUGGGGGGUUCAGAAAAGAGAGCGCAGUAGACCCAAAGUCAAAUAUACCUGACUAUUUGAAUAUCACUGACGACAUUUCCUUAAGCACAACCAGCAGUAGUAGCAGUAGUAGUAGCGAUUAUGACGACGCUACUGAGCAGGAAAGUUCCACAGAAAAUAAAGGACCAAAGAUUGAUUCUACUAAAGAUAGUGAAAUGAACUCAGGUGAGAAAGAGACUAUUUCUAGGGAGAGUAACCAACUAAAAGAUAACUUUCCCAAAGAAACACGAUCUGAUUCAGAUGAUUACGACUCCGGAUUAGCAAUGUUGUCUUUGAAUAAAAUGAGAAGAAAGGUUAAAAAGGGAGAAGACCAUGAUGAUUCCAUUGAUCCCUUAUUCAAGACAAAUAAUAAUACAAAUAUUCAAAGUCCCAAGAAAAAUUAUGGUACAUUUGCGAGAUACGGGUCAAGUUUAGGCAGUAAAGCGUUUAGAGGAGAAGAACCUGAAAAUGAUUUCAGUAUGCUAACUUUGGAGAAUUUAGCUAGUCGAAACUCAUUGCCACCAGUGGAUUAUAUUAUUAAAUCGAUAUAUAAGACAGUUGUUUUGGUGAACGAUAUAAGAUUGAUGGUAAGGUGUUUAGACUGUGUGGAAAUUUCUAAAGGAUUAAAAGUUUUGAAGAAGAAAUUUAGUCAAGAAAUCCAGGCAAUCGACAAAGAUAUUGCCGCAAAAAACGUGACAGCAACUACUGUAGCAAAGGAGAAUAAGGAAGUGCCAACGUAA